CCAUUGUAUUUUUGCAUUGUGUGUCCCAUCACCAGAGUUUGGCUAUGGGACAUGCAGAAGCUGAGGGACUCUCACGCAUCACAACUGUUGUUCCUGGUACAGAUGAAUCAAUUAGCAAAUUGACACAGCAACUCUUUAAGCUAGUUCGGGAUCUUACCCACUUGCUAUUUGCUGGACAAGAGUUAAUGCUGAUAAAGGUUGCUGUGAAUGCUGCUGCUAGAAGAGAUGCACUUGACAUUGCCAACAUUUUUAGGGGCAAGGCUAUUGAUGUGUUUGACCACACAAUCACUCUUGAGCUUGCUUUGGCUAUUCAAACUUUCAACUGUGAGAAAUGCACAUGACGAAGUGUUGUAACUUCAUUCAACCCUUAGCAUGUAAAAUUGUGAGCCUCUUUGUUUAGGAAGCAAAGUAGAAGUUCUAUAUGGUUGUUAAAGGAUCCCUUUAUUAGUGUUCUUUAGCUUCCUAAGGGUCAUUCUUUAGAAAAAGUCUUCUGCUACACCCAUCAGAUCCCAAAAAAAAAUAAUAAUAAUAGUAAUAAAAUAAAGUAAAAGAGUUAAC